AUAAAUGGGAAUCUUUACUCGAGUUCGAUCUCAGUUAUGAGUUCUCGGGUUACCAUGUCAGUGCAAUGGGAAGUUCUCCUAAUGAGCUUAUUUCUGUUCAGUACCGCCCAAGCCGGAGCAUAUUGUGGACCAAACAAGAUAUAUGCGUGUGUGCCUACUCAAUUUUGUGCCGAUGAUCGCAGCCUGCAAAGAAAUCCCGCUGCUCAUUUUAACAGGCAGUGCUACUCGUUUGAGUCUUGCUGCGACGUUAAUAAGAUAAUUUUUGGAAUGCGAUACAGUGGAGGAGAAUAUGAGCCAGGUCCAUAUGUACAAACCAGCGAGCCCAUCAGCAAUGCAAGUGGAACAAGUUUUGGCACAAACACUCAGCCAACUGUUAAUGCAGGUGGCAAUAGCGCGCCCUCGAAAAAAAAGGGUGGAUUGUCAUCUGUAACGAACAUUCAAAAUUCAAAUAAUGGGGUAGAUAAAACUUUUACAACAAAUAGUCAAACGCCUACUUAUACGAUGUACAGUAAGCCCUUGAAUAUUGCGAGUGGAAAAACAAAUACUGCAAGUAAUAAGGCACCCAUCGAUUCAGAUAGAAAAUCUUUUACACACAAUACCAAUUACCAUGCUCAUAAUCAUUUUAACAAUAAUUCGGGAAAAAUUAAUUUAGAAAACCCAUCUACGGAUAAUACUAAGAAUACAAAAAAUCCAAGUGAUCUUCAACAGGCUCAUCAUUAUCAAAAUCAUGCUCAUAAUUAUCUUAACAAUAAUUUAGCAAAAACUAUUUGGGGAAACCCAUCCUCGGAGAAUACUAAAAAUACAAAUAAUCCAAGUGAUCUUCAACAGCUCCAUCGUUAUCCAAAUCAUGCUCAUAAUUAUCUUAACAAUAAUUCAGCAAAAACAAAGUUAGGAAACCAAUUUACGGAUAAUACUAAAAAUACAUAUAAUACCAUUUAUCUUCAACAGCACCAUCAUUAUUAA